GAUGGGUCGCGUGCCUCCUCCGGGUUUAGUUAGGGCAAGGAGGCGGGAGGCGGUGAGAAGAUCUGCAACAUUUGCUGGUAAGUCACCCUUGAGCAUGUGGUUGAUGAGGGAGUGGAGCGUGGUCGCGACGGCGGGGUUGGCGAGAGCUGCGUCACGAAGAUGCUCGAACGUCGUGCCCGAGGGUCCUGCACCAACGCCGUUUUCGCAGGUACGCAGUAACUUGUCGAAAUUUUCGCGCGGGAUUUGGACCGCGGCGCCAAUGUCGUCCUCAGAUGGCCACGCAAUUGACUCGGUCAACGCUGCCGCCACACUCCGCCGCUUUGGGCACUUGGGGACGGCGACGGGGGCGGUGGCGAGAAUGCUCGCCGUAGCGCACUCUGCGCUGCGUGGCACGGGGAAUCCAUGGGCGCUUCCCCACAUGUCCCUCCAGAACUGCUCAGACUCAUCAGAUGAACUGAUGGUUCUCUUUGGGCGAGUGCUGCCAGCGCCCGCCCCGGGAAGCGGCAUGGACCGCGGGGUUGUCGCAGCAAUGAAAGCAAUUGCGGCGAGCCUCCACUCGGCAUCAACCGUAGAUCAUGUUGGCGCCUGCGUGUUAGUGUUGCAAUGCGUGGAGCGGCUUCUGGCAGGAUUGUUGGCGACGGCGGGGGAGGAGGACGACGAGUGAUCGGCACCCUCCGAUGAUAGGAGCCAGCACGAGCCCUGGUGGACUCCAGCCAUGGCUUGCGAGUAUCCUGCCUGUCUGCCCUCCAGCAACUCACUGCACACCUUCGGGACCACCUUAGAGAUGGCGAGGCUAGUAAGAAGGCAAUAAUCCACGCCCCUGCGGGGAAGGCUGCUUCCAACAGUGAUACAGGGAGGUCAAGGGAUAGUAGCAAAGCCUCGAUAGCGCUCAGCGAGAAACGUGGUGGGCGUGGUGAACGACAAGGAGAAAGUGGCGUGGAGCUGAAGGGCAUGGCUGAGCGGUUGGACUUGCUGAUUGGAUCGAUGACAGGCUAAGAUAUCAUAACUCAGUCACUAACCACUGAGUUAAAAGAGCUUGUUACCGGUACCAUCAGCGCCCGGAUAGAAGACCUGUGGGUCUUAUCAUAUCAAUCUUCACGAUUUUUUAAAAAGUCAUACAUGGGAAAAAAACACCAACUUGGGUGUCUUAUAAUCGGAAUUUGUAUAUGCUUGUUUAUGAAAUACAUG